AUGAAUCAAAACAAAAGACAACGAGUUGCGUCGAAAGAGAAGCGUGAUCUUUCGAAAAAGAAAAAGUUAGAAUGUAGUUCUCUCGAUACAAUAACAAAAUCAGUCAUACUCAGUUCGACGACUUGCUUGGAAAAUCUUUCAAAUGAACUUAUCUAUGAAAUCUUUGAACAUCUAAGCAUAAAUGACAUUUUUGAAUGUUUCUUCGAUCUUAAUCUACGCUUCCACGAUCUUUGUCUUCAAUCAAAUCUUUCGAUUAAAAUCAAUAGUUCAUUUUUAUCCAAAACACGAUUCGAUCUUUGUUACACGCAUUUAAUUAUGCACAAAAAACAUCGAAUUCAAUCUCUGCAUCUAUGCGAUGCAUUCAUCAUUGACUACUUUUGUUCGUCAACACAAGGCUUUGCUGCUUACACGCAAUUACAAACGAUCGUUGUAAAUCAAAUCGAUCCAUCUCAUUUAGACAAUCUUCUAAUUCAAGCAGCUUCGCUAUGUUGCCUUUCAUCUUUAGCUAUUCCUAUUCAGCGAAGUACUAAUAUAGAUACAGUAUGGAUGUCGGUCAUGAAAUUACCAGCUCUAAAACAUUUGAGGGUGACUUUUAAAGGUAAAUUUCAUUUUUAUUUACCAUUCAAGACAGCAACGAUCACAAGCUCUAUCGAACAUCUGAUCAUCAAUGGUGAAAUCGAUUGUUNUCUAAUUCAAGCAGCUUCGCUAUGUUGCCUUUCAUCUUUAGCUAUUCCUAUUCAGCGAAGUACUAAUAUAGAUACAGUAUGGAUGUCGGUCAUGAAAUUACCAGCUCUAAAACAUUUGAGGGUGACUUUUAAAGGUAAAUUUCAUUUUUAUUUACCAUUCAAGACAGCAACGAUCACAAGCUCUAUCGAACAUCUGAUCAUCAAUGGUGAAAUCGAUUGUUAUGAUGUCGAUUCUGUAUUACGAACCACCGUGUUGAUGUCAGUCAGAUUAUUUUUGUUCCCUUGUCGAUGCACACGUCCACGCAACAACUUGACAACACCUCCACUCAGCGUUUCUCGAAACGAUCGAGAUGUCAACGUUGACAAAUAA